ACCGUAAGGACUACAUUUCCCAGCAUGCACCGAGGGAUACGCCCCCGCAUGCAGAGCGCAGCGCCGCGUGGUGCACGCCGGGAUUUGUAGUUCUCCUGGCGGCGGCGGCGCCAUGCCGGAGGGGAAGGCUGCGUUCCGCGAGGUGCUGCCCAAGCAAGGGCAACUCUCGACCGAGGACGUCCCCGCCAUGGUGCUGUGCAAGCCCAAGGUGCUGCCCCUCAAGUCGGUGGCGCUGGAGAAGCUGGAGGAGCUGCAGCGGGCGGCGGCCGAGGCGGCCGGGAGGGCCUCGGGGGGCGCGCCGGGCUCGCAGCGUUAGCGCCGGGAGCCGCCCGGCCCCAGCUUUGCCUGCAUGGAUCAUUGUGACAUCUGACUCUUGCGUCUCAGUGAUGCGCUGAUCUCUGCCCAGGAAAUCGGCAAAGCUGAGAGGAGAGGCGGGCCUUUGUCCUCUGCAGAGCAGACAGGCAUGGUGCCUGGGAUUCAGCAGAGGCCCUGCUUUGCUCAAAUAUUUAUUCCAGCCUCCAUGUAAAAGGUUUUGUAUUAGUGCAGCUUUUUAAUAAACGGUUUCCCAGUCCAA